CUGGUGCGUCACCCCGGAGUUCCUUAAAGGGGAAGCGAGCGGGGCGGCGGGCAGCACGGGUGCGGCGGCGGCGGCGGCGGCGGCGGCGGCGGAGGGCCCCGCGCGCUGGGAGGAUGCCCGCGGCGCCCGCGCGACCAUGCAAUGGCGAGCGCUCGUCCUGGGGCUGCUGCUCCUGCGGCUCGGCCUCCACGGCGCGCUGUGGCUCGUCUUCGGGCUGGGGCCCAGCAUGGGCUUCUACCAGCGCUUCCCGCUCAGCUUCGGCUUCCAGCGCCUGAUGGGCCCCGACGGCCCCGCGCCGACCGCCCCGGGACCCGCUGACCCGCCAGGGGGGCCGGCGGGGCCGUCGUGGCUGCAGCCGCCGGGACCCGGGGCGGCGGCGGCGGGGCGGCGGCGGGCUCCGCGGCGGCCCCGGCCGGGCGUGUGCGGCCCGGCGCACUGGGGCGACGUGCUGGGCGGCCGGGGCCGCGGCCCGGACGAGUACGAGCGGCGCUACAGCGGCGCCUUCCCCCCGCAGCUGCGCGCCCAGAUGCGCGACCUGGCGCGGGGCAUGUUCGUCUUCGGCUACGACAACUACAUGGCGCACGCCUUUCCGCAGGACGAGCUCAACCCCAUCGACUGCGGGGGCCGGGGGCCUGACCGCGGGGACCCCUCCAACCUGAACAUCAACGAUGUCCUGGGCAAUUACUCGCUCACGCUCGUGGACGCGCUGGACACACUGGCAAUCAUGGGAAAUUCAUCUGAGUUCCAGAAGGCGGUCAAGUUGGUGAUCAACACCGUGUCAUUUGACAAAGAUUCCACCGUGCAAGUCUUCGAGGCCACCAUCAGGGUCCUGGGCAGCCUCCUGUCCGCCCACCGGAUAAUCACGGACUCCAAGCAGCCCUUCGGCGACAUGACCAUCAAGGACUACGACAACGAGCUGCUGCACAUGGCCCACGACCUGGCCGUGCGGCUGCUGCCGGCCUUUGAAAACACCAAGACCGGGAUUCCCUAUCCGCGGGUGAACCUGAAGACGGGCGUCCCCCCCGACAGCAAUAACGAGACCUGCACGGCCGGCGCCGGGUCCCUGCUGGUGGAGUUUGGAAUGCUGAGCCGGCUGCUGGGGGACUCCACGUUCGAGUGGGUGGCCCGCCGCGCCGUGAAGGCCCUGUGGAGCCUCAGGAGCAGUGGCACCGGGCUGCUAGGCAACGUCGUCAACAUUCAGACGGGCCACUGGGUGGGGAAGCAGAGCGGCCUGGGCGCGGGGCUGGACUCCUUCUACGAGUACCUCCUCAAGUCCUACAUCCUCUUCGGGGAGAAGGAGGACCUGGACAUGUUCAACGCCGCCUACCACAGCAUCCAGAGCUACCUGCGCCGGGGCCGGGAAGCCUGCAACGAGGGCGAAGGGGACCCCCCGCUGUACGUCAACGUGGACAUGUUCAGCGGGCGGCUGGUGAACACGUGGAUGGACUCGCUGCAGGCCUUCUUCCCGGGGCUGCAGGUCCUGAUAGGAGACGUGGAAGAUGCCAUCUGCCUGCACGCCUUCUACUACGCCAUCUGGAAGCGCUACGGGGCGCUCCCCGAGCGGUACAACUGGCAGCUGCAGGCCCCCGACGUCUUCUUCUACCCGCUUCGGCCGGAGCUGGUGGAGUCCACCUACCUCCUCUACCAGGCGACCAAGAACCCCUUCUACCUCCACGUGGGCAUGGACAUCCUGCAGAGUCUGGAAAAGUACACGAAAGUCAAGUGUGGGUACGCCACGCUGCACCACGUCAUCGACAAGUCCAAGGAGGACCGGAUGGAGAGCUUCUUCCUCAGCGAGACCUGCAAGUACCUGUACCUGCUGUUUGAUGAGGAGAACCCGGUGCACAAGUCCGGCACCAGGUACAUGUUCACCACCGAGGGGCACGUGGUGUCGGUGGACAGGCACCUGCGGGAGGCGCCGUGGAAGGAGUUCUUCCCCGACGAGCACGGACGCGCAGCCGGGUCCUCUCUGCGCCGGCCGGCGGCUCCCGACCUGAAAGUCAUCAACUCCAGCUCCAACUGCAACCGCGUGCCCGACGAGCGGAGGUACUCCCUGCCCCUGAAGAGCGUCUACAUGCGCCAGAUUGACCAGAUGGUCGGCCUGAUCUGACCUGCGCUGCUGCUCUGUGGGCCCCGCGGAGCCCGGACCAGAGCACCGCGUCCGGGCCACGCCUGGCCACGCCCGGCCCCCCGUGAGGUGGAGGCGUGAGGUGGAGGCCGGGAGUGUGGCCGACCAAGUGCCGCAGCAGUUCUGUCCGGCUCCUCGCCCACAUCCAUAGAGUCCUGCUUCCUUUAGUGUUUCUCUUCUGUUCAAUAAAAUGCCCUGUUUUCUCACGGAUGUAAUUUGAAGUGAGAAGGUGCAUAGGAGUUGGCCUCGUCGGACCUGCUGAUGCCGCUCAGCACAGUGGACGGAUCUUCGUGGCUCAGGACAUGGGACCCAGCGUCUCCUCCCCUCGCCGGCGCGCGCCCGACACAGUGUUGCCGCCUCCAUCAGCGACUGUGGAUGGAAUCCCGUGCAAAGGGCCUGCGGUCCCCGGGGCCUCCCUAUUUAUUGCCUUUUGUCAUCCUUUCUCUCUCGUUGGGUAACGGCUCUCCCAGGUGCCGCCCGUGAUUUUGGGUCACGUGGGGAGAAGCCAUCCAGCUCCCCGUUUGCACCCCGGGAACCUUCGCAGGGUUACCGGCUCUGAGCUUGCGGGGAGCGGUCCCCGGGCGGCCAGUCGCGCUGUGAGCUUAGCAGGGAGAUCUUCCGGUGUGUUUUACUGUCUUUCCUCGGACCUGACCUGAGGAGCUGCGCGGUUCCAGAACCAGGUGCCUUUCGGGGAGAGAAACGUCCCUAAGACUGUGCUUCCGUCUGCCUCCUGGUCACUAGCGAGGAUGCUCAGCCCUGACUGUUUCAUUUGUUUCCUGUGUCUCGUGCCAAGUAACUGAGUCAGGGAGGGCCACGCUCCCGCCGGGGCUGUGGGUCAGUGCCUUACGUGGUUUCGGUUUGGGCCGCGCGUGGCGUGUCACCGCUGCCGCUGUGGCUUGAACAGGCGUGUUUUGUGUGGCCACGUGGGGGGGGGGGCGUUAGGGAGAUUCUGCAAGUGUCCUGGCCAGUCCCUGCCUUUCCGCCUGGUCUCCUCAGCCUCCUGAGGGGGAGCUGUGCGGAAACGCCUUCUCUCUCUUUCCUUUUUCUCCUGUUUUCCUCGUUCUCGGCCAGAACGAGAGCCCCUCUGAACCUGCUGAGUGACGUAGAGGGGUGCAAACCUCACCUGCUUCCGUGUGACCUCGGGUGGAGCUGAGCCUGUAGGAAGGGGGGGAGUCUCGUCACUUUCACCCCCCCCCAUCACGUGGCCCACCUGGCCCUGCACGCACUUCCGAUUCGUUCAUUUCUGUCUUAAAACGAGAAGCCAGCACAGCACAGGCCACUGGCUGCUCCCUCCACCCAAAGGGACAUGUUAUUCCUUCUAGAAAACGCGUGUCACUGUGUCUUAAACGACGUGCAAUCCCGCUCUUUGAGGCUUUUUAAAAGGGGGUUUUUCAGUAAUAGAUGUGUCACCUCCAUCUUUUAAACGUUUACUAUGCAAAUUGUUUUAAAGUAAAAGAACCAAAUGCUUCUGUUCUACCUUUUCCUCUUCAUCUCUGAAGCAUUCUGUGCAUCGACAUUGUCUCAGCUACUGAAUAGGAAGUUACCUUGGAGGGUCGUAUAGAUUUUAAAUGUUCUCAUGGACUCGGUGAACCCCAACAUCCCAUGUUAGGUGCACAGGCAGGCCGAGCGCGUCCUUCCCCCCCGGCGCCUCCCCCCCCCCCCCCGGCACCGCCCCCCCCCCGUGCCUUCUCCCGGGGUGAGUCCAGCGACUCUUCAGCACCCAUUCGGGACAGUGGGUCACAUUAGGCAAGAACGCGGGUCCCCGAGUGGCCGUGUGUUUUCUCUCUCGUUGCCGCCCUGGCUCCCCACCCCCCCGCCCCCCGCCACCCCCGGCUCAGGGACAGCCCUGCAGCUGCUGGGUCCUUCCUCCCUCUCACACGGGGAAGGGGCCCCGCCCGAGUAUCACAGAGGCCCCCGGGGCCUCCAGGGGACCCGAGACGUGUCCUGUAUUGCGCCUCGCACCCUGUUUCCGGGCCCUGGCUCGUCCUGGGUGAGCGGUGGCGGCACAGCAGUCCCAGCUUGCGUGCCGGGUGGUCUGUCGGGCUGGUGCCCACAGGGGCCGGGCCAGUCGUCCGAGGCUGCCCUUGGAGCCUAGGGCACACCCGCAGGUCCGCGGCUGUUCUGAGGGGCGGUUUGGGCAGGGAGGCUCAGUGGGCAGUGCCAGAGAUGGCCUCGCUGGCUUUGCCCCCAGCACCCGGGCCAGGCCCGUCACCCCGGGAACAGCUGCGCACCUGCCACGCUCGCGGUCCGCGUGACGCUGGUGUCUGGUCUGCUCUGUGGACGAGAGGGGCCGGGUUUGGUUCAGCCUGGCUCAGGGCGGCCUCGCUGCUGUAGAGGAUGUGACGGGAACCCCACUUCCUGGACCGAGGUGACAGGAAGUGCUGCCAGCCCAGCUGUGCCGCCUCAGAGGCCGCUUGUCACCUCUUCCUGCAGGUCGCCCAGCGCGUCCCUGCAGCCGCCCGGCGCCUCUGUGUGCACACGGCCGGGUCGGCAGGUGACGGGACAGUCCCGGGCCUGGCGGGGCAGGUGCAGGUGCGCAGUCGGGGCCUGAGCCUGAUGCCCCUCUGCCCCAGCACUUGCCCCAGCUCGUUACUGAUGGAUCGCAGGCUCGCACCGACCUUCCUUUCUCUCUGACGCCGGCUGCCUGGCAGGUGCGGUCCCCGAGUGGCUGAUGGCGCCCGUGGGAAACCUUCGUCUCCCCUCUCCCGUCCCGCGCCCGCCCGGCCGGCCUCUCCCCGCAGGCAGGCAGGGCUUCUGUGAAAGGGGCGGCGGAUGGUGCGGGCCGGAGGGCUCAGGGCUCCCUUCCCCGAACGUGGCUGCGAGGCUGGUUCGGUUCCUGUGGACCCUCCCGACCCCCCGCCCUUCCUCAGGCAGAGAAAUCGUUUUAAAGGUAUUUGUUGUCGUUUUAAGUAGCAAAACCCAAGCUGCAUUUUUAUUUAUUGUGCCCCAGAAACGUAAAUCUGGUUUUUAGAAAGAAUCUAGCGUUGGGGAGUGGGAACCUCUGGACACACGAGCGUUUCUCUGUGACGUGCAAUGGGCUUCGCGCUGGCGGCGUGUCCGCCUGAACUGUAAAUAAGAGACGUAUUUACGUGAAAAGGGAGCUUUUUGUAAAAGGACCAAAUGUUCUUUUAUAAAUGUACUGAGACUUAUCUUGCUCUUUGAAGUUUAUUAGGAUUUUUAUGAGCCGUUUUUAUUAAAAGAUUCGCUUUUUUGGA